AUCGAAGGAACGUGCUUGCGAUGGGUUGGUGGUACAUUGUAACAAUCGUUUCCAUAACAUUUAUUUUUGUCGUCAGUGUAACACUGUGCUUCAUGUUCUGGAGAAACUGGGAAACUGCCCGAAUAUUUCUCGCAGCAGUGCUUCUACUGUGGUCAGCAGAUGUCUGCUUAACAGAAUGCAAAGACAUCACAUCAAAGUGUUCUCCUCUAAUCGACUUCAUUGUUUUGGAAGAUUUAUUAACAAUUAUUUUCUUAUUCAUGAGAAGAAGAUUGAAAAUAAUUGUAACUGUUGUAUCGGCUGUCUUAGCGGUUAUUUUUCCGUUGAUUGGCACAAUUUUUAUAUUUAUACCAUCGCAUCAGGAUGUUUACAGAAUGUUGGCGGCCGGCUCCUUCCACACAUCUAUGUGUUUG